AUGCCGAGUAAGGAUGGGAAACUCUAUACUUCUGUCGCGAAACGAGCGAGGCCACGAACCCACUUAUCUAAGAUUGUCACUAGUCCCCCGAGUCUCUAUCUUCCCCACCUGUAUAAGCUGGACGAUAUCUUAGCCGCAUUGAUCGUGAGAAGGGAGUCCCCGUGGGAUAUAUAUCUACUAGCCAUCACCUAUAAUAUCGUAGGUCUGGUGGUUAUUGCCGCUCGCCGCACCCGCCUGUUACGCGUGGUGGCAGAAACCGUAUACCUCGCCGCCCUGCCGUCGAUCGCGAUGCGGCUUAUGCAAAAAUAUGAUAAGGAGGAAGGGGUUGCCGGAGUCACUAUCCUCUGUCGCUGGCCGAUCGAUUUAGAUGUAGUGCGGUUCUUGUCCGCUACCGCGAUGGUAGUGUCGAUCGCACCCCUGAAGGAGAAUGUGGCUAGCCGUGACUAG